CGAGCAUCAGGGAGGUGUCCCUAGAGGCCGGAAACCUGGCCGCCUCCGCCGUGCUCGACGACGACGGCCGCCCGCGCCGCACGGGCACGGUCCUCACGGCGAGCGCGCACAUCGUCACCGCCGUCAUCGGCUCCGGCGUGCUCUCGCUGCCCUGGGCGGUGGCGCAGCUCGGCUGGGCGGCGGGGCCCCCGGUCAUGCUCCUCUUCGGCGGCGUCAUGUACUACACCUCCACGCUCCUCGCCGAGUGCUACCGCGCCGGGGACCCCGCCACGGGCCGCCGGAGCUACUCCUACACGGACGCCGUCCGCGCCAUCCUCGGCGGCGCCAAGGUCGCCUUCUGCGGCGUCGUCCAGUACGUAAACCUCGCCGCCAUCGCCGUCGGCUACACCAUCGCCGCCUCCAUCAGCAUGCAGGCCGUCUGGAGGGCCAACUGCUUCCACGCCAGGGGCCACGCCCACGCGUGCCGCAGCUCCAGCGUGCCCUACAUGAUCGCCUUCGGGGCGGUGCAGAUCGUCUUCUCGCAGAUACCCAACUUCGAUCAGAUCGAGUGGCUGUCCAUCGUCGCCUCCGUCAUGUCCUUCACCUACUCGGGCAUCGGGCUCGGCCUCGCCGUCGCGCAGACCGUGGCGAACGGCGCGUUCCGGGGCACACUCACCGGCGUCGCCGUCGGCGCGGGCCUCACCGUCAUGCAGAAGGUCUGGCGCACGAUGCAGGCUCUGGGAAACAUCGCCUUCGCGUACUCCUUCUCCAACGUGCUCAUCGAGAUCCAGGACACCAUCAAGGCGCCGCCGCCGUCGGAGGCGGCGGUGAUGAAGAAGGCCACGGCGAUCAGCAUCGCCACGACCACGGCGUUCUACACGCUGUGCGGGUGCAUGGGCUACGCGGCCUUCGGGAACGCUGCGCCGGACAACCUCCUCACGGGGUUCGGCUUCUACGAGCCCUUCUGGCUAGUCGACGUCGCCAACGUCGCCAUCGUCAUCCACCUCGUCGGCGCGUACCAGGUGUUCUGCCAGCCCAUCUUCGCCUUCGUCGAGAGCCGGGCCGCCGCCGCGUGGCCGGACAGCGCCUUCGUCUCCAAGGAGCACCGCGUGGGGCCCUUCGCGCCCACCGCGCUCCGCCUCGCGUGGCGGUCGGCGUUCGUGUGCCUCGCCACCGUGGUCGCCAUGGCGCUGCCCUUCUUCGGCAGCGUCGUCGGUCUGAUCGGCGCCUUCUCCUUCUGGCCGCUCACCGUCUACUUCCCCGUCGAGAUGUACAUCAAGCAGCGCGCCGUGACGCGCGGCAGCACCAAUUGGAUCUGCCUCAAGGCGCUCGCCGUCGUAUGCCUCCUCGUGUCGGUCGCUGCCGCCGCAGGGUCCAUCGCCGGCUUCGUCGGCGCGUUCAAGGCUUUCCGGCCCUUCAGCGGCUAACCUGGCCGCAGCUUGUUGCUGCUUAGCCUGAUACUGAAAUUCGCAGUGCAGUGUUUGUGUAUGACAGUAGCCAAGGAAGACGUGUAAGGUUGUAUUGUUACUGCAUCAGAUUGUUAC